AAAAACAAAAAGCUUUCUCAUUGUCUUCCUCAAACCCCAUAUCUCUAAAAUGGUCAAGAUUUGAUUAUGCAUUUUUUUUUUUUUGUUUCCACCCAAGAUUUGACUAUGCAUAUGUUAACCAAUUGACUAAAAGUUUUUCACCAAAGAUAUAAUUUCACAGAUGACAGAUUCUUAUAAAGACGAUUUGGAUUUAAGAAGAUAGUGAAAGCAACAAAUUAAAGGUAGGCGUAGAAUUAAAGUAAUCUUAACCAAAGAAAAAAAAAAGUAAUCGAAGAAGAGUCGUCCUAUAUACAUAUAGGAAAAUAAAUUAUUUUUUGUUAAAAUAAAUAAAUCAUACCAAUUACCAACAAUAUGAUUUUAACUUUUAUUAAAACAGCCUUUCUGAAACUUUCCUUUGGUUGUUUUUUUUUUUCCGGCAACUUUACUUUUUUGAACAUCUAUUAACUUUACUUUUUUUAGUGUAUAUAAAAGGACCGUAAAUCACAAUUAAAGUAUUAACGUUAAAUCUAGUCCUAAUCUUUUCUAAGAGAGGAGAGACUCUGUUUUGUAUCAAUCAUCGAUCAAUCCCAACUCUAAAAGAUGCCUAACACUCAGACGACUAAGUCGUUGUGUUUGGACGGUCUUAGUGAUCGCGAAAUACUUGAGUAUAGAUUGGAAUGGGAAGGUUACACCGAAAUCAAGAUGAAAAGUGAUGGAAAUUGCCAGUUCCGUGCUUUAGCUGAUCAACUUUAUCAAACCUCGGAUAGUCAUAAACGUGUUAGACAAGAAAUCGUAAAUCAGCUUAAAUCUCAUCCAAAGAUUUACAAAGGGUUUGUGAAUAAUAUGGACUUCUCCCAGUAUGUAAAGAAUAUGUCCACUAACUCCGAAUGGGGCGAUGAAGUCACAUUGAGAGUCGCUGCUGAUGUAUAUGGAGUAAAAAUAGUACUCAUUACAUCAAUCAAACUUACUCCAUUCAUGGAGUUUUUGCCCAAGUCUCAAAAAGAACCCGACAGAGUCAUUCAUUUGAGCUAUCUCGCAGGGAUCCAUUUCAACUCCAUCCACAAAAAAAGAGGUUCAGGUUUAUCUUCAUCAUCUGGUUCUGCAUCGAUGAAGCUACAGAGGAAGAAGGAGAAGGAGGCGAAGAAAAUGGAGGAGGAGGAGAAGGAAAGGAAGGAGAAGGAGAAGGAGGAGAAGAAAAAAGAGAAGGAGGAGAAGAAAAAGGACAAGGAGGAUAAGAAGAAGGCGAAGAAGGCGAAGGUGAAAAAGGAGAAGAAUGAGAAGAAGAACAGAAAUCACCAUUUUCACUUUUCUGAUGUCAUGUCAAUGCUUGAACAAGAGAAUGAUUUGUUAUACUAAGAGUCUAAUUAAGAGUCUAAUUAUCUGUUGCAUUUGUGAGGGAGUCCCUCGUGUCACACGAGUUGAUUAUUAAAAUGAUUAAAGACAAUCAAGACCUUGUAUGCCAAAGAUUGUCAAUAAAUACACACAUUUCAACACCCAUAA